GCCCCGCGCCUGCGCCCUGGCCGCCCAGACAGCGCAAUGGCGGCAGCGGCGGCUGCCGAGGUGCCAGAAAUCUUUCGGCGGUGCGGUUGCAAGGGCAUCCGGACCUGCCUGAUCUGCGAGCGGCAGCGCGGUGGUGACCCGCCCUGGCAGGUGCCCCCGGGGAAAACACACCGUUUCAUUUACUGCUCGGACACUGGCUGGGCUGUGGGAGCCGAGGAGUCAGACUUUGAGGGCUGGGCCUUCCCCUUCCCAGGAGUGAUGCUGAUAGAGGACUUCGUGACCCGGGAGGAAGAAGCCGAGAUGGUGCAUCUCAUGGACCUGGAGCCCUGGAAGCUCUCACAGUCUGGACGGAGGAAGCAGGACUACGGCCCCAAAGUCAACUUUCGGAAACAGAAGCUGAAGACCGCGGGCUUCCGAGGCCUCCCCAGCUUUAGCCGUGAGGUGGUGCGGAGGAUGGGCCUCUACCCCGGGCUGGAGGGCUUCCGGCCAGUUGAGCAGUGUAACCUGGACUACUGCCCCGAGCGGGGCUCUGCCAUCGACUCCCACUUGGAUGACGCCUGGCUGUGGGGGGAGCGGCUAGUGAGCCUCAACCUCCUGUCCCCAACCGUGCUGUCCAUGUGCCGCGAGGCGCCCGGCAGCCUCCUGCUCUGCUCAGCCCCGUUGGCUGCCCCAGAGGCCUUGGUGGACAGCGUGAUAGCCCCCAGCAGGUCCGUGCUGUGCCAGGAGGUGGAGGUGGCUAUCCCCUUACCCCGCCGCUCCCUGCUGGUGCUCACGGGGGCCGCACGGCACCAGUGGAAGCAUGCCAUCCACCGCAGACACAUCAAGGCCCGCCGCGUCUGUGCCACCUUCAGGGAGCUGUCCGCCGAGUUCUGUCCCGGAGGGAGGCAGCAAGAACUGGGCCACGAACUCCUGCAAAUCGCUCUCUCCUUCCAAGGAAGGCCCGUGUGAGUUCCACUUGGGGACAGGAGCUGGCGCUGGGCCUGGCCGGAGUCGCUGGCCCCAGAGUUGGCCAUUCUUGGGAUUGAAGUGGGGAGCCCAGUGCAGGGCUUUUUUCCCAGCUCAUUAGGUUUUAGGAGAAGACAUCUGACCCCCGAAGCCACAGGCAGUGUGAGCCCUGCCCAGGCGCUGGUUCUGGCAGGAGUACACCUCAGUCAGUCCCCUUAGACCUGCGCUGUGGCCACUCUGCUUCUGUUAUUUAAAAUUGGACACAGUUUGGGGAGAGUGGGAUACUUU